CAGAUCACAAGAUAAGACCAAUCAACUAAAAAAUUUCAAAUCAGCCCCAAAAGAUUCACUUCACAUCAUAUUAGACCUUAAUAAAUUUAGAUCAAGAUUAAUAAGUUCUGACGAAAAGAACAUGCCCUAAGACUUUAACUGGUCUAUUUUCAUCCCGAAUUCACAAAAUGCACUGUGUAAGAUAUAUAAGUUUGACUGGGUGUAUUUAAGGUUUUAUUUAAUCCCAUUGAGCAAAUUGCAAAGGACACUAUGUCAUUUGUUGGGAUUAUUUGUCAUUUUAUUUUAUCUAUAAAUUUCAUCGGAGGGACUGGUCAUGUGUUCAAUAAAAAUGUAUGUGAGUCCUCUACCAGCACCGUGACUUCUACACACCAACUGAUUCCUCGUCAAUAUAUGGUAAACCCAUUCUCAGUUAGAAACGUCACAACUAGGCAUAAAGAGAAUAUAUUUUCUUUCCAUUCUGAGAGAUUGAGCUGGGGAUAAGUGUAUAAAGAAAUCUGUCAUACAAGAAGAGUCGAUGACCGAACAAGACAGACUGUCAAGCUGGUGUGAACAGAAAUAAGAUAUGAAAAAGGACCCAGAGUUCCUGGAGAGGUGGGAAUUUAGGAGGAGAGGUGACGAGCUUAGUUCUUCCAGUGAUGACGACUCAAAGUCAAGUUCCAGUUGUGAUGCACAUGAUAAGAAACAGGAUUUACUUUCCUGCAUCGUUUUGUCCCAAUGUGUAGAGUCUAACAAUGAAAUUAGAGCUCGGAAGAGGAAUCAUCAACUUGACAAUAAAUUUAGAUGUGCGAAAGCUGCAAAGAAACAGAAAGACACAAACAAGAAGCGGAGGAGGGUACACGCCCAGACUGCAAUAUGGGAUGAUCUAAAGACUUUCCGAGAGUCUGUCUUAGGGGAACUUAAGGUUGCUAGAGAGAAAAUGUUCACACAUAUGAAAGAUGACAUGGAAAAACUGCUCCCCCGGGAAUUGGUCUCCAAGUCAAGAACAAAGCCACAAAAUACCAUAAAAAGACAACCAAAGAAGAAAAGUGAAGUGUGUAGAAGAGAUAACCGUCGCUCCCGAAAACCAACAGUUGGAUCUCUGAAGAAGACAGUGGAUCUUGAUUCAAAUAGUUGUCACAUAAAGGGCGUUAAGCAUGAAGAAACCCUUAAAGCGGUUGUUGGAUCUUGCAAUGAGAACCAAAUGAAAUCAAAUUUCUCUGUGAAAAAGCCAGUUUGUGUAGUUAAUGACUCUGGAAAUGCAAUUUCUGCUUCAUAUCCAGCUCUGUCAACUCUCUUGAACAACAUGGUCCCUUCAAGGAAUCAACUUCAAACCAAUGUGAUUACAGCCGACAAAGACUCAAACGUUCAAAAGGGUAGUUUGGGUAUGCAAGCAAAGUAUCAUACCAGACACAUUCUCAGCUCCCAGAGUGAUACACCUUCUGGAAGUUAUUAUGCUCAGGUUUACCCUAAAAUUCCUUUCCUUUAUGGCCAAAACAUGUACAAUGCAUCCCACCUUUCGAGUCAAUUCGUCCCUGAGAAAUUCUUCUCGGGGGAAAUCAUGCGAGUGGCUAAUAACCUGAACAACCAUAUGGGUUAUGGAAGAAAUGGAGGGCCUGUAUCAUUUACGUCCCAAAAUUACAGCCACUUCUUUACUUAGGAAAAAAUUACUUUUACGGUGGAAAGUGAUGUGAUUUGCAGGGCAUGGGAAGAUUGUGACCAGAUGGUAUGUGGUUUCUGCUCCUUAUUUUGCUGCAGUGUGGAAUGGCCAAAUGUCUCCAUGUCUUCACGUUAAAUGUGCCCCAUCUAAUGCAUACUUUUGAAAGAUUUAUUUGUACUGUAAUUUAGAGGGUCUUUGACAGUUUGUCACUUUUUAAUUUACCCUUGAAAUAUUAUUCGUAAAAUUUAUGUUACAGUAAAAUGUUUAAAAUAUU